AUGAUUGAGUUUGUGGAGAAACCAUUUAAUGUUGAGAAUGGUUCUGUGCGAUGGUGGAUAACUUAUUGGUGGGUUUUACUUCGUGAUGGAUUUAUGAUUGUCACUGCUGUUAUUGUUAUCAUUGUUUUAAAAUAUGGUCUCAUUCGAAACGAUGAACUUUCGGACUCGACACUUUAUAUUCCAGUUGAUAAACCAUCGGUUUAUUUUGCUACGCCAGUCGCUUCCAAUUCAAGACGAAGACACCAUCGUCGUCGUAGAACACGUCGACACUUUCGUUGUAUUCUAGUUCGAUCUGUUGUUUUUCAAAUGAUCCAUCAUUGUCGACGUCGUGAUCGCCAUCGUUUUUCUCGUCAUCAUCGUCGAAGAUUUUAA